AUGGCGACCAUGGAUAACCUCAUCGGGAUGACGACGUACUACGUGAAAGUAGACGUACAGGCUCGGUGGGUGGGCACGAGCAAGGCGGCGACGUUCUUCGCGUCGCUGGCGCGGUGCGCAAACUCAACCCUACCCGUCGCUCCUCUUUUUUUCGCUGCUGAUAAGCCUUCUUCGGUGACGGCGGGGCCUGGCCAGGGGCGACCGCUCGUCCCGCCUUGGUCGUCGUGA